AUGAUUGAUGUAAAAGUUUGCAAUUCAAUAACCUACACAAGUUCCCAAGUUUGUUAUAUUUGUGGAGUAUCUCCGAAAUAUACUAAUAACUUAGAAUUAGCUAAAAAUAGAACUAAUAAUGUAUCGACUUAUUCGUUUGGUUUGUCUACUCUCCAUGCACAUAUACGAUUUUUUGAAUGUCUCAUGCAUAUUUCGUACAGGUUGGAAGUGAAGAAAUGGCAAAUGAGAAGCCCGGAAGACAAACAAUCAUUUAAACGUAGAAAAACGUAUAUAAUCAAUCGUUUUCGAAAAGAAGUUGGUAUUAUUAUUGAUCAACCUAAACAAGGUUGUGGGUCAAGCAAUGAUGGUAAUACUGCUCGGAGGUUUUUUGAAAAUGCUUUAUUAACAGCAGAAAUUACCGGAUUGAAUGUAGAACUAAUAUCUAGAUUUGGAGUAAUACUUGCAACAAUUUCAAGUGGUUUUCAUAUAAAUAUUUCGGCAUUUGAAAAGUAUGCUAUGGAUACGGCAAAACUUUACAUAGAAUAUUAUAACUGGUACUAUAUGCCAGCUAGUGUCCACAAAAUUUUAUUGCACGGUGCCGAUGUUAUAAAACAUUGUUUGCUACCAAUUGGGCAACUAUCUGAGGAAGCCUCGGAAGCGAGAAAUAAGCAUUACAGAUCUUUUCGAGAACAUUUCACUAGGAAAACCAGUCGGAUUGAUACAAAUAUAGAUCUUCUUCAUCGUUUAAUCGUUACUUCUGAUCCGGUUAUAUCAUCAAUACGGCCAAAUCCUUCCAAAAAAAUGGUGCCAAUAUCCCCAGAAGUGUUAACUCUUUUAACUAGUUCAGAUUCAAUACCUAUAGAAAAAACCGUUGCUAUUCCAAACUCAGAAUCUGAAUAA